AGGCGGCGGGGCUGGGUCCUGGCGGCUGAUGAGGCCGCUGCUGCCGGUUGCCGGGGAGCGGGAGCGGCCGGUGCUGCCGCCACCGCCACCGCCGGGCCCGGGCUCCGUGUCGCUGCUGCUGCCGCCGCCGCCAUUGUCGGGGAAGCCCAGCGCCGCCGGCUCCAUGGACACCGUUCCCAGCGACCGCCUGCGCCUCAUCUUCUGCUUCCUCGCCGUCUUCGUCUGCUACUUCUACUACGGCAUUCUGCAGGAGUCCAUAACCAGAAGCAAAUAUGGAGACCAAGAAGAAUCAUUCGUAUAUGCAAAAUCGCUUGUAUUUGUCCAGUGUGUUAUUAAUGCUAUUUUUGCCAAACUAAUAAUACAAUUAUUUGAAAAGCCAUCAAUUGAACGGACGCCACACUGGCUGUAUGCAGUUUGUUCAAUGUCUUAUUUAGGGGCCAUGGUCUCCAGUAACUCUGCGCUCCAGUAUGUCAACUAUCCAACACAGGUUCUAGGAAAAUCAUGCAAGCCCAUUCCAGUGAUGGUUUUAGGAGUCAUUAUUGGAAGGAAAAGGUACCCCUUGGCCAAGUAUCUUUGUGUGUUGCUCAUAGUUCUGGGAGUGGCUUUAUUUAUGUAUAAACCCAAAAAAGGGACGGACAGUGCAAAUGACCAUAUAUUUGGAUUUGGGGAAAUACUAUUAUUGGCCUCCUUAACUUUGGACGGAUUGACUGGAGUAGCACAAGAACAUAUGAGAGCUAAUUUCCAGACUGGUUCAAACCAGAUGAUGCUAAAUAUUAAUGUUUGGUCCAGUUUGUUCCUGGGAAUAGGAGUACUUUUCACUGGAGAAAUAUGGGAAUUUCUGAAUUUCACUGAACGCCAUCCCAGUAUUCUCUACAAGAUACUUCUGUUUAGUUUAACUAGUGCUCUGGGCCAGAGUUUCAUCUUCAUGACUGUUGUUUACUUUGGACCCCUGACUUGUUCAAUCAUUACUACAACCAGAAAGUUCUUUACCAUCCUUGGUUCAGUGCUUAUUUUUGGUAAUCCCAUUACCUCAUUGCAAUGGGCGGGAACGGUUUUUGUGUUCUUAGGUCUUGGUUUAGAUGCAAAAUAUGGAAAAACACCCAAAAAAAAUCAAUAGAUACGGAAGAAAUUAUUCACUCGAAGAUUUUGAUCGCCAAAAAUGCUGCCUGAAUUAUGUUCAUUGACAUUUUUCAAAGUUCCAUGCUCCAGUUGUAAAUUGGUUUAAAUAUUUAGCUCGUUUUACUUUUUAAAAUAAGCAUUUACCGACAAGCUCCAUGUGUCUGUUUAUUUCAUGUUGUUGCACUUCAUGCAAUACAAAACGUGGUGGGAGGCUCCGUUAGUGCUAUCAUCAGAACUUUAGAUCUAGUUAUUCUACAAAUUUUGCCUGAUUCAUAUCUGAGAAAAAACAAAUUUCUAAACUGACAUUGUUAAAUUUUGAAAUGUAAAAAUAAAACUACAGAUGCUGGAAUUCUGGAAAUGGCCUCACAAUGGCCAACAGGUCACAGAGUAUCUGCCGAGAGAGAGAGAGAGGUGCAAUUUCAGGGCAAUAACUUGGUGAAAGGUCAUCCUGAAAUAUUAACUCCAUUUCUCUCUUCAUGGACAUUAUUGGUUUUGCUAAGGUUUCCCAGCAUAUUCUGCAAUUGUGUAUAUAGUCCACAUACAAUCAUUUUACUGAGAUUAGUUUUUUUAAUAGUCCUUUGAAAAUAAGUCAGAAACAGCUCUUGGGUUUUAAAAUUACAUUUUAUAUACUUCCAUAAGAAAUAAUGAUUCUGCACAAUGUAUAUAUGAAAAAAUUAUAGUUCAAACUAAUUAUUUAAAAGUCUUUUUUUAAGUCUUUAAAUAUUUAUUUCAAUGUAACGCCCAAGUAUUUUAACAGCUUCAAUCUUAAAAAAAGAUUUGCCAAAAUCUAAUGGGGGUAACACAAUUAAGAACUGUUAGAUUAAAGCUCAAGUUAGAUGAGCAUAAAUGAGCAGAUUAUCAUAUAUGAACAUAUUUAUCAUGUAUUCUUAAAUGCACUAUAUGCAAAAUGAUCUUCAGUUUUAGCUACUGUGUUGGUGAAUGGAAGAAGUGCCACAGUACAUGUUAGGAAAUAAGUCUGUUAUUAUAUUUAAUUCAGGUCAUCCCAUGUUAGUGAGCCAUCUUUUCUUUGCCCACUUCCCACUUGACUUACGGAAGUAUUACAAAAGCAAUUUAAUAUCUAUUUUCAAAAUAAAAACUUAAAAUUAGUACAUCUGUUGCAAUCUACUGUGUACACUGUGGAAAGAAGGAACUGCAGAUGCUGGUUCACAAAAAAAAGACAAAGUGCUGAGGUAACUCAAUGGGUCAGGCAAUAUCCCUGGAGAAUAUGGGUUGGGACCCUUCUCAGACAUGAGUUUAAUUGUUUGUAUCAUUGAAAAUACACAAGUAACUAGGUUUCUUAUUGUUAGGUUAUGCUUACAGAAUGCUUGCAAUGUAGCUUUUAGUAUGGAAACUAAAUUGCUGCCCAAUGUUGAAUAUGGAUUUGUUUCAUGCUGUGUUGUCCACUUUGGCUUCAUCCUCCAUAUGAACAGCAGCACUAAUCCAAUGUAUUCAAAUUAAUUCUGGGAACUGCAGAUAAAUAAAGUGAAAGCUUUUCAUGAAAAAGAAUUGUAGCAGCAAUUGACUCAAAAUCACUCUCAGGUAGCAUUCCGACUUUGAAAUAAGGGACACACUGAAUCAAUAUUUUCUUUUAACAGCAUUUUUGCCUUGUGUCAGAAGAUGCAACACUAAUUUAUGAUUCUACAAGUACCUACUGAAGUGGAAUUAUAUUCAGCUGUUUUUUUAAUUCCUAGAAGCAAAUGAUUGAAGCACUUUUGGUUUAUGGUAUUUUUAAGUCAUUAAUGUAACUAGCUGCGGUUAAAAUUGCAUUAAUUUUAUAUUUUAAUUUGGCAUGAGUUGUUUUGAAUCCAAUGUUUUCUGGCAGUUUUAGUGAUGCAGCAUGUUUAAAAUCAAAAUAUAUUGGCAUUUUGUGUUUUUGGGUCUCAGUCUAACAAAUAAACUGAUUUAGAUAAGAGA